AUGGAGAAAUCUAAGGGGAGAAAGGAGGAGGUCGUUACAAGGGAGUACACUAUCAAUCUCCACAGGCGUCUCCACAGCUGCACUUUCAAGAAGAAGGCACCCAAUGCUAUUAAGGAGAUUAGGAAGUUUUCAGAGAAAGCAAUGGGAACUAAAGAUGUAAGAGUUGAUGUGAAGCUCAACAAGCAGAUAUGGAGCAGAGGAAUCCGAGGUCCUCCAAGGAGAAUCAGAGUGCGUGUUGCCCGCAAGAGAAACGAUGAUGAAGAUGCAAAGGAGGAGUUUUACUCGCUCGUCACUGUUGCUGAGAUCCCACCAGAAGGUUUGUCUGGUUUGGGAACCAAAGUCAUCGAUGAAGACGAGUGA